AUGAGAGGUAAGAAAACGGAUAUUGAUGCAUCCUUGACGACUGGCUUACGGUUAUGGAAGCGCAGGAAAGCGGAUACUUCCCCCAAGCCAAACGACACAGUGCGAAAGGGGUCUUCUCUGGAGUCCGAUGCCAUAUCAGAGACAUCUCCUCCCAACGGUAUUGGUGAUAGAAUUAUACCACAACACAAAGAGCCACCUGAGAAUCCUCACGGUCGGCCAUCCACAGGAGUUGGGCCGGCACUCGUACAAGCACCUCUACAAUCAGAUGAUGCAAUGACGACUCAGGAGCAACUGAAUGCCGGAAGAGGGCUAGCACCCGCGGACAGAGAGAUAUUCGUCAGCUCGGAAUCCUCAUCUCCUUCAAACCAAACCACCAUCACGGAUGCUCACCUGCUAGCACCAAUAGGCGCCAGUGCAAGCCAACAGCCGAUUGGAUCGGAUUUGACACAAAACCUGAGGACACAAAAUCUGAGGACCAGCUUCAAGAUGGUCCUUCAACUGGACAAUUCAAACCCAGUCAGAGGUUGCAAGCUUGACACUGGAUCUAAGUUCAAUGUCAUCUCUCAAAGGGUGGUGGAGUCGGUAAAUCUUCGAACAGAGCCUUACAAUGGUCCUGAUUGCAAGCCGAUAGGCGUGGAGAAAAUUCGACCUCUUGGUCAAGUGACUUUUGAGUGGAAAGUUUUUGAGAUGCCCGUUAUUUAUUGUACAACAUUCGUCGUACUCCCAGCAAAAGUGACCGAAUCUUUUGAUACACUUUUAGGCGAGGACACCAUCAAAGAGAUUGGUUUCUUCAAAGAGAACGACAAUGUAUAUUAUCUGACUCGUCCUGGUGAAGAACGAGCUUUCAAUUGA